CUUUAUACCGACAAUUUAACAAAUGUGUCUUAACAAGUUAUUUGUCUUCAUGCAUUUACGUUCAAAUAGUUUCAAUUAUUCGCAUUUUGAUAACAAUUAUUCUAACAGUUCAACACAAGAAUGGCCCAAAACAUCAAAAAAGUAAUUAUAGUCGGGAAAACUGGUAACGGAAAAAGUUCACUUGGUAAUAGCCUACUUGGAAUGAAACUUUUUAAGGAAGGGGGUGGAUUCAAUGCUUCUUCACUAUCAUGCCAAGUGGAGAAAAAAGGACAAUUCGAAAUUGUUGAUACCCCAGGAUUCUUCGACACCAAUCAAAAUCGAAAUGUGGCUAGACAAGCCGAAGUGAUCCUUGAUUCUUUGAAACUUUGCCCGGAACCACAUGCGUUUCUAAUCGUCAUCAAAUAUAGUAGAUUUACGGCAGAGGAAGUUUCUGUUUUGGAUGUGUUGGCAAUAACAUUCGGAGAGCAAUAUAUAGAUCAUGCCAUUGUCGUGGUUACUCAUGUUGACAAUGAUGUAACAGACGCCGAUUUUCGCGAUGCCUGUCGGGAAUCACACCAGGUGAACGAGUUACUAAAACGCUGUGGGCGACGGGUUGUUAGAAUCGACAAUAAGAAUCCGAACAGGGAGCAUAUCACUACUUUACUAAAGUACAUAGAUCAAGUGUCGAAAGAUGGAAAGUCCUGUUUCAAUAAUGAUUAUUUACGCUGCCAUGAUGAAGUGUUAAGAAGAAGUGCUCAAGACCUGAAUAAGUACGACGGCAUGCUUGUACAUGAGCAGGUGGAACAAAUAGCAACUGAAAUCAAAACAAUGGUAAACGAAGAAAUAACAAGAGCGAAGAAGGAAAGCGAAGAAAGAGCAAAGAGGGAACAGGAAGAAAGGGAAGAAAGAGCGAAGAGGGAAAAAGAGAAAAGAGAGAAGAAGAGAAAGAAGAUGGAAGAAAAAGAAGAAAGAGACAAAGAAGAGAAAAAACAACAAAAGGAAAAGGAAAAUAAGGAACGGAAUUGGAACAUAGCUUUGGGUUUGUUGGGAGCUGGAAUUGUAGUUGGCAAACUUUUUUUAUCUAGGUAAUUGAGUGUAUACAAGUCCUAAAUUUAAUAAAUCAAUAUAUGUUUUGAUAAUAAUGAUUUGAUUAAUCAUCAUCGUC